GAAUGGACUUUGGCGUACAUAACGUCAAAUAUAUUUUGUUUAGUUUAAUAUAACUAAUAAUUUAUAUGAUAUUAUGAUAAAAUAAAGUACUGUUUGCUGUAUAUAUGGUUAUAGUGAGCACUGGUGCAUACGUGAUGGUUACCGAUACCGUGUCUCAAAUGUUUGAAUUAUUGGAUCACCGCUUGUCUACACUUGUCAUGUGUUUGGUGGCCAAUGACGGCAUUGCGAAACUCUAUUCAACCAAUCGUUACUAAUAAUAUCACAAUUGGUUACAAGUAUGAAGUGGUGCCGCUAAUCACCAUAUGGUUUGAUUAAAAAAUUGCUGAAUUUCCGGUUGACUUAUCAAUGCCCGGCACGAGUGCGCCGGAAAAACGAAAAAGAGGUCGACCAAGACGUACACCCGUUGACAUUGAAGACAAACCUAAGAGACGAAGAGGUCGGCCAUCAUUGCCACCCAUCAAGAAGGAGAUCCGCAAACGGGUCAGAGAGACAAAGGCUUCGGCAAAGUAUAGGCUAAAGACUAAAGAAAAACUACAAGAAAUUAUUGACAAUGAAAGACAAUUAGAAGAGUUUGUGAGGGAUAAACAAAAUCAUAUCAAUUAUUUAAAAGAAAACAUUAAAAAAUGGGUUCAAUUUUAUCAUAAUAAUACACAUUUCAUCAAUGAUUACAAUAGGUUUUAUUAUAUCUUAAGUCUAUUAAAUGAAUAAAAC